UUAAAGAAAAGGUUACCAUGCCUCAAUUUAUGCAAAUUGAAUUUCUUCUCCUCGUUUUUGGUUGGUCAACUUGCUUCCUAAUGGCCAGUCUUGAUGCUGUGGUGCCAAAAUACAUGGAGCAACUUGCCAAUGGCUACAAUUUGUGCGGGAAGGGCAGUUUCCUGAGCUCCAACGACGGUGACACAUUGACACAACGUGGUCGUCUCACAUCAAAAGCAACGAAGUUGAAUGUGUGUUUGACAGAAUGUCGUGAUGGAGAGGCGAGAACAGAAAAUGGGACGAUUAUUCCCUAUUCCUUUGCACGUGGUGAAAGGAGAUUGUGUUCUUUCAAAAUCAUGGCAACUAGUGAUCAACAUAUCCAUUUGUCUUGCUCUGCCAUCCAGCUCACCAACAUCUUGUCUGUUCCACCAAGUUCGCUGAGAUUCGAAGGCGCGGCAGAUGUCGACGUAAAUCCUCCUUCUGUAAACAAAACCUACACUUCAAUUGGCAAGCAGAUUGUGCUGUUUUCUGAAUUACGUGAUGGGGACUGGUUUGAGUGCAGUUGGAUCACACAUACAGCAAUAACUACUAAACAAGAAUCGAUUACUUCCUUCCAAACGUGUCGCGACAAGAAUUCGACAGCAGCCAGUGGCGUCAUUCAACCUUUUAUUAACUCGACUGGCGAAUGUGUUUUUUCCAUCACUGCACCGUCUGAUCAACGAAUAGAAAUAUCGUGCUCCAUCGUCAAUUUCAAUUAUUUCGACAGUUGGUUGAGGCUGGAAGGCAUCGUCGAUAUUGGCGUGUGGAUACCUGCCACGAAGAGGGUUUACAUCACCAAAGGCAAUCAGAUCAAGUUGUACGCACGACUGAGACAAUCUGAAUGGUUCGAUUGCAAAUGGAAAACUGUGCCUAGGCCAAUUUCGAACGAGAUUAAACGUAAAGAGUGUUAUGUCGUGACUCGUGAUGCAAGUUCAACAGCCUCCAAUGGAACAAUUUCGACUUUAAGGGAUAAUGUGGUGGGACAACCGAGAUAUUGCCAUUUUAGCAUCAUUGCACCAAUUGGCUAUCAAGUAGAAAUAUUUUGCACGGUACUCAACUUCACGAGUGUUACGAGCUUUAUGAGGCUCGAGUAUAUCACCGAAACUAACGUGAGUAAACCCGGACGGAACAAGAUCUACACGUCUAUCAACGAAGUUUUGCGACUGGAAUCUCUGGUUGACAAUUCUGAUUGGUUCGAGUGUAACUGGACAACAGCCCCUAAGAAGACGACUCCAUCCAUGACGACUCCAUCCAUGACGACUCCAUCCAUGACGACUCCAUCCAUGACGACUCCAUCCAUGACGACUCCAUCCAUGACGACUCCAUCCAUGACGACUCCAUCCAUGACGACUCCAUCCAUGACGACUCCAUCCAGACGACUCCAUCCACGACGACGAGCCAGAAACCCCUUCCCACUUAUUAUAUGUGAAAAUUAUGCCACAACAGCUACCGGUAUUAUUCGACCGUUGGAUAAUUACAUGGUAUUUUUCGGAGAUGGACGCUAUUGCAAUUUCAGGAUUAGCGCACCCGUCGACCAGUUUAUUCAAAUUUCCUGUUCUUUUGUCAACACAAGCACCUCCCUAUCUUUGCAAAUUCUUAACGUUCUUGACGUUGAAGCCAUUCCACCAGUUUUUAACAGAGUCUACACGUCGAAAACGUAUUACCUGGACGUGUACUCUCGUCUUCGCAAACCGGAUUGGUUUUCUUGCAGGUGGGCGAUGAUUCCAGCACCGUCAUCAACCAAAACGGAUUACAAAUUCUGUCAACAUGGAAUGGCUACGACGGCCAACAGGACCAUCCGCUUAAUAGAUGGGAUGACAGCGGGAGAAUGGAGAUAUUGUUUCUUUUACAUAGUGGCACCUGUUGAUCAUCAGAUUCAAUUUUCUUGCCCGGCUGUCCAAUUAACUACCAAUACGAGUACAUUUACUAUGAGUGGAGCAAUUGAGGGUGAAGGACUUUACCUGCAGGGCGGUGGUUCUUAUUUAAUACCCGAAUUGGGCAGGCUGUAUCUUUCGAAAUCGAGAAAUCUUUACCUUCAAUCUCGAUUCAACAGCACCGACCGCAUAGAUUGCAAUUGGACGUCGAUAAGAGCCUUGCCAGCGUCGACCUCGCAAUUCAAAUUGUGUCGCCAUGGUGAGGCAACGAGCUUGAAUGGCACAAUCCAACCGUUGGGUAAUACAACUGGUGCUGGGCAAACGAUGGAAUGUAUGUUCAGCGUUAUUGCUCCUCUUGAUCAGCGCGUUCAAAUGGUUUGUUCGGACGUUAAUCUGAUGUCCUCCACGAGUUAUUUGGGGAUAAAGGAUAUUGUGGAUGUGAAUGUGUACAAAGCUGUGGCCAACCGGGUAUACACAUCAGGUGUAAACGCGUUGCACAUGUUUUCUCGAAUUAGCAGUUCAGAUUGGUUCGAUUGUAAAUGGACGACUAUUGCGUCACUUCCAGCGAAUGCAACCGAAUUCAAAUUGUGUCGAGAUAAAGAGACGAGAACGUAUAGCAAUGGGACUAUUCAACUACUUGAUGUGUUGGAAGAGCCGAGAGAGUGUUGGUUUAACAUAAUCGCACCUUUAAAUCGCAAGGAAAUUUACAUAUCUUGUCCGUUCGUUAGCCUCAAUUCAACUACGAGUUAUUUGAAAAUAAGUGGAAUUAAGGAAUAUGUUGUGAGUCCGCCUGUGUUGGGCAAGACUUAUGUAUCGGACGGUAAUAAACAAAUUGGCGUGAGGGCUCGUCUCAAUCAACGCGAUUGGUUUGUAUGCAACUGGGUGUCGGCGUAGAACAUUUCUGGUGUAACGGUGUUGUCAGGGUGUUGGUUUGUCAUGCUUUUCACUAAUGCAAAAUUGCAUUGCAACGACUACUUCAAAGGUUUUUCCAAUAAUUUGUCCUACACAGACCUGUAAGACUCAAAUUGUAGACAUGCAUGAUCAGUAAGUAGGAAAUGAGGACUUAUAAAAAAAAAUUAGAGGUGAGUUUCAUUGCUACUAUUUUUUUAAAUUUGUACACUAAUCGCAUUAGCAGUUCAUCGAAACUAACAGGACGAUGUUAGAGAAAAGUGGAAUGAGUAAGAGGUUUUCGGUUGUCUUAGCGUUUGGGUGUUAAGGCAUUUAAUUGAUGGUAUAAAACGCGUGGUGGUUACAUGUAACCAUAGAUUCCACCCGGUUUGAAUGGAAAACGUGUUAAAUUUAACACAGUAUUCUGAACCUUUAUUGUAGUAUUGCGAUAAUGUUUAAGUGAAACAGGAACAAGUCAGACAGUUAUGGGAUUAAAUCGAAAUGAAAAUCGGAUGCUUAUGCCGGUUCGUUGUAUGUGAUAUAUGUUUUUGCGUCUUCAAAACGGGUCGUUUGCGGUUUGUGAUGAUAUAAACCUUGGCUAACGUUAUGCGGCACGUUCAUAACGUGUGCAGAUUGCGUCAUCCACAUAACCGAAUUGCGUAUAAAACACGGUUCUGUAUAGUUCUUAGGAAUGUUGAUGAAAAAUCUGCAUUGGUUUUAGAAAAAAAAAUGUUUGAUUUGCAUGUUGAUUGUGAUUGAAAGGAAAAGCAUUCGUGUUAGAGGUAUUUACUCGUUGGACAAGUGGCGGUGCACACCAGCUCUGUCAGUGCAUAGUCCGAACAAGUACAUGUCAUCCCAUACGAAAUAAGGUCCAUGGAAGUAAAGUGGAAACCUCUGCCAAGGCCAUUGUUGAAAAUUCGUUGGCCAUUUACCUCGCCGAGAGAAAUCCGAAAUAGGCAUGCUCGGAUUGGAAGGGCUCAACGAAUGCAGCACCGCGGUUAAAUUGUAAACGUUGACGUAGAGAUUGUCGUCUGCUUUAAGAAAAUAAUCCAAAUGUUCGCAAAAUUGGUGGAUCCAAUUCAAAAGAGCGGCCACUUAAAACGACAGAUCGACGUACUUGUCGACGACGGUGACCUGCAAGAUGUCGCCUUAGUCGUCACACUCUUGUUGAACUGUUCGUGCUCUCUCUCUCUCUCAAUGCUUUGAGGCCUAACGCAGCCGUCAUAAAUCGAGUCUAGGUUUCAACGCCGUCGUACGGUCUGUCGCGUAGAUGAAAAGCCAGAAAACAGUUUAAUCAAUGGUAACACCGAUCGUUACCUGCUGAUUGAUGUUGGCGAAAGACAAUAGGUUAGUCAGAUAAAUGAAGCAGCCGACAGUGAAGACCAACACCACCACAGCAAUUUGCAAGUCUGAAAGGGAGUCGGUCGUCGGCUUAAUGUAUGCUACAUUUUUACUUGUUACAGUCUUUCGUCAGUGCAGGUGCUGGGCAUCAAGUCGAAACCAGAACCGGUGUGGACCUUGAAUUCCAUGCGCGUGAGUGGCGUGCACUAUAGUCGGCAGCUGAAGAGACGUCAACCCUCGUUGCUUCGCAGUGGGCGGGAAAGUUCUUCGUUACAGGUGUGUUUACCUGCAAUACUCGGCGACACGAUUGCAAUUGAAAACUGGAAAUGGCGUGUACAAAGCAGUUGAACCAAUAGAAUCCAUUUGUUGGGUGUGGCCCAAUGCAACAAGACGCGGCCAGAUCUCGCGAGGUGGGGCAAAAUGAAACUGGGACCAGCUGUCGUGAACGAACUAGCCACACUGGUAUUCGUUUGGAACAGUCGUGUCUGUUUUAUUGAAGUUGUUCUUUCGUACGCAGUAUAGCAAUAUAUGUGAAGUGACUCGACUCAACAUUCAACAUGACUUUUGUUUCGUCAAUCCGGUUGACUCUCUUGAUUUUGUGUUGGUCGAGUUUGUGUCACGUCGUCGAAGGCCACGAAGGGCUUUCAAAAGGAGAGCAGACGACAGAGCUGAAAAACAAUGGCGUGGAAGAUAACUUGGACAUUUCGGAAGCGAAAAUGAAUCAAGUAAUAGAAGAGAUUAUAGACCGAGAACGGGAAAUGAUUUGGACUGUGACACAGAUGGACGAUGAAGAGAGUUGCUCCAACCUCCGAGAACGAGUGACCGUGCAAAGGGUUGCUGAACCCUGCCCGGACUUUCAAUCAAAAGGAGAUCGUGGCCAAAUCUCUAAAUAUUAUUACUAAAUACUAUAGAUGAUGUAUAGCCAUUUUAUCUCUUCUGUAGUUGUCGGUAGGAAAUGAAACUAAAGUCUCUUGAGAAUUGAA